AUGAAGCAUAACAAUGUCAUCCCAAAUGCUCACUUCCACAAAAAGUGGCAAUUGCAUGUUCGUACUUGGUUCGAUCAACCGGGCCGUAAAGCACGCCGUCAUCAAAAACGUUUAACCAAAGCUCAACGUGUUGCUCCUCGACCAGCCAAAGGUUCAUUACGCCCAAUAGUUCGUGGUGAAACACGUCGUUAUAAUACAAAAGUCCGUGCUGGCCGUGGCUUUUCCUUGGAUGAAAUUCGUGCUGCUGGUCUUCAUCCUACCUAUGCUCGAACCAUCGGUAUUUCAGUUGAUCAUCGACGACGCAAUAAAUCCACUGAAGCUUUACAACUUAAUGUUCAACGUCUAAAACAAUAUCUCGGUAAACUCAUCUUAUUCCCAUUGAAAGCUGAUAAACCCAAGAAGAACGAUGCCAAACCCGAAGAAACUAAAUUAGCUGUUCAACUUAAGAAACAACGUGUUAUGCCAGUUAAACAACGUGUCGUUCGUGAAAAAGCACGACCUGUCAAUGAUGCUGACACGAAAUUCCAAGCGUUUCAAGCUAUUCGUAUGGCUCGUGCUGAUGCUCGUUUGAUUGGUCAACGCGAAAAGAAGGCUAAACAAGCAGCUGAAGAUGAAAAGAAACCGAAGAAAGAGAAAUGA